AAUAUACCCUAAGAUAAUAUUUUUUAGUGCUUAAUCCAGAAAUAAGUAGCCGGAAAUGAGUCUAUUAUUUAUUAGAAGAACCAAUCUAAACAAAACAUGAAAACAAAACAAUGAUCAAGGCCUAUGUUUUGAUUAGUUCAAAUUUCACAUCGAACAGUUUCAAUUCCUCAAGGGAAAUUAUGUAUAAUCUAUGACACAUGAAAUAUUUUGUUACGAAUUAAAAUAGAUAGUUAUUAAAUAUUCAAAGUCAAUAUGAAUACGUUUCAAACCAAUUAUCAAUCUUUGGAAAAUGAUGAAAUUGAAACUUCACCUGAGAGUGUAAUUGUACAUGUUGCAUCUGAAGGCAGCAAAUCCCGGUGGAACCAUAUUGAUGAUUUGGAUUCAUUCUUUCGAAAAAUUUAUAAGUUUCACCAAAAACAUGGUUUCUCUUGCAUAGUGGCUGAAGAAUGUAUUGGUAUUCUAUUUGCCUUUUUGUUACUCUGUGGUAUUUUUUAUUUAUCACAUUGUGUUAAUUUUGUUUUUGAUGAGCCACCAUCUCCUCUUGUAAAUCGCACAGAUAUUCAGCUUUCUGAUCUAUUUAUCCCUCUCUCAGAAUGUGCUGCUAGCUUCAGCUUUGGUUACUGGCUGCUAUUUGUGAUUUUCAUGCUCUUCAUUGCUGGGAAGUGUUAUAAAGCUACCAGAGCAAUUUACUCAUUUAAAGAAAUUGAACAAUUUUAUGAAAGCGCUUUGAAAAUAUCUAAGAAUGAAAUCAAUAAUGUCACAUGGCAUGAAGUACAGUGCAGGCUUAGAGAAGUGCAGCAUGAGCAGCAAAUGUGUGUACACAAAUCAGAUCUGACAGAAUUAGAUAUUUAUCACAGAGUACUAAGAAACAAAAACUAUAUGGUUGCUUUAGUAAAUAAAAACAUCCUGCCUUUGAAUUUGAAACUGCCUUAUGUUGGUGAAUGGGUGUAUUUUUCCCCUACAUUGGAAUACAACCUUGAAUUACUGUUUUUUGGCAGCUUACUUUCACCGUUCAAAGGAACGGGAACCCUGAAAGAAGAAUAUAAGAAAUACUCUAAAAGAAAAGAAGUAGCUCAUCAAUUAGGUAGAAAUAUGUUGAUUCUAGGGUUUCUAAAUUUGACUUUAUCUCCAUUUAUUAUUGUGUGGCGAAUCAUUUCAUACAUCUAUACGUAUUCUGGAUCUUUGCGAUAUGAGCCCAGCGUAUUUGGUACAAGAAAAUGGUCACCCUAUGCAAGAGUUUACUUAAGACAUUUUAACGAAUUGGAUCAUGAGUUGAAUGCCAGAUUGGGUAGAGCAUAUAAGCCUGCUAAAGAAUAUAUGAAGUCUUUCUCAAAUCCAUUAGUAGCUAUUAUUGCUAAUUUCUUACGCUCAGGAUUUGGAUUUGUCGCUGUCUUUUUUCUAGCCUGGGGCAUCUUUAAAGAACCUCUUUUCCAAAUUGAGUCUACACUUCUGAUUAUUACAGUAGCAUCCUUGGCUUUCUGUGCUUUGUCUGCUCUAAUACCUGAUGAGAAUGCUGUAUUUUAUCCCCAACACUUGAUGCAGAGAAUGGUUGCUGACAUCCACUAUGUCCCUGAUCAUUUUAAAACACUUGCCCACACAUCUAAUGUGAGAGAUGAAUUUAGUCAUCUCUUCCAAUACCAUAUAACUUUUGUGCUAGAAGAUUUAGUUGGGCCCCUUGCCACUGCUUACAUCUUAUUAGUUCAGUUGCGUCCUCGCACUUUAGAGAUAGUGGAUUUUUUUAGAUGCUUUACUGUGGAUGUUGCAGGAGUUGGUGAUGUUUGUUCAUUUGCUUUAAUGGAUGUUUCAAAACAUGGAAAUCAACAAUGGGUUGGACCAGGGCACACCAAAACUGAUCAAGUACAGCAAGCAGAAGAUGGCAAAACAGAAUUGUCACUCAUUCAUUUUAAGAUGAUGAAUCCACACUGGGUACCACCUGAUCCUUCAAAUAGGUUCUUUGAUGAAUUCAAGGAACAAGUUAUUACUGCACGAGCUGCACCUGGACAGAUGAAUGCAUACUAUAGUUCACUCAAUUCACUCACCACAAUGGGGUCUAAAUAUGCCAGUCUUGUAAAUAGCAUCCAUCAAUCCCAACAUCUUCCAGCAGGGAGCACCAGCAUGACAUUGUCUUCAUACAAUAAAGAUCAUUUGAGAAUGAAGGGUGGGCUGAGCCAUGCUGAAGGCCCACCUUAUCUUGUUCAGGACGCCCUGCCUAGUUUGACUACAAAUGAAAUAGAUGUUCAUUCAGUGCAAGAAUUGAAUCCUAUGGAACUUCGAGCUGCCGAUAUGAGUCUUAGUGCUUUAUUCUUACAUGAGGUAUGUAUAUAAUUGUUUUACAAAGCU